ACGUAAGCGACCUUUUAUUUUUUUUUGCCGCCAUUUGUGCCCAUUUUGUGCCCAGGCGAUCCGUGUUGGACGGGGAAGCAGCGAUAGAACUGUUUUGUUUCUUCUGAAAAACAAACGAAACAUAAACAAAGAAAGAAAGUAACAAACCAAAAAGAAAUACACCGUCUGUAUUAUGCAAUUAUUUUACUAUAUCAUCAGGCAGAAUGUACAUUAAACAGGUAAUUAUCCAGGGUUUCCGGAGUUACCGAGACCAAACUGUAGUGGAACCUUUUAGUUCCAGGCAUAAUGUUAUUGUGGGCAGAAAUGGAUCUGGAAAAAGCAAUUUCUUCUAUGCAAUUCAGUUUGUCCUGUCGGAUGAAUUUAGUCACCUGCGACCUGAACAACGACAAGCUUUGCUUCAUGAAGGCACUGGGCCAAGAGUCAUCUCGGCUUUUGUGGAAAUCAUAUUUGACAAUUCUGAUAAUAGGAUUCCAAUUGAUAAGGAUGAAGUUGUUCUACGUCGCGUUAUUGGUUCAAAGAAAGACCAAUAUUUUUUAGACAAGAAAAUGGUCACCAAAACGGAUGUAAUGAAUCUCCUUGAAAGUGCUGGCUUCUCUCGAAGUAACCCAUACUACAUCGUCAAACAAGGAAAGAUCAAUCAGAUGGCAACUGCUCCAGAUUCUCAUCGUCUGAAGUUGUUGAGAGAAGUUGCUGGUACUCGAGUGUAUGAUGAGCGCAAGGAAGAAAGUAAAGGAAUCCUACGAGAAACAGAGGGAAAACGCGAAAAAAUCAAUGAUCUGCUCAAGUACAUAGAAGAACGACUGAAGACUCUGGAGGAGGAGAAGGAAGAGUUGAAGGAAUAUCAAAAGUGGGACAAGAUGAGAAGGUCUCUAGAAUACACCAUCCAUGACCAUGAACUGAGAGAUACCAGGAAGAAGUUGGAUGAGUUGCAAGAAAAACGGGAAAACAGUGGAAAGGUCAGUCAGAAGCUGCGUGACAAUCAACAGCAAGCUAACGACCAAGUGAAAUCCAUCAAUAAAGAACUGCGUGACUUGAAGUCUCGCAUGCAGAGUAUCCUGGAGGAGAAGGAAACACUGUCUCACGAACACCAGGACCUUAUGAAGAAAAAGGCCAAGCUUGAACUGACCAUCAAAGACAUACAGGAGGAUAUGGAAGGGGAGAAGAAACUGAAGAAAAAGACUGAAGACGACCUGCGGAAGAUAGAUGAGAAAAUAACUCGCGGUGAGGAAUCUCUUGAAAACAUCAUCCCUAUGUAUGAGGCACAGAAAAAUCGUGAGGAAAAUGCAGCUCAACAACUUCUUUUGGCUGAACAAAGGAGGAAAGAGUUAUAUGCUAAGCAGGGACGCGGUAACCAGUUCACAUCAAGGGAGGAGAGAGAUGCUUGGAUUAAAAAAGAGCUGAGAUCUCUAAACAAAGCCAUUAGGGAUAAAGAAGACCAGAUCCGUCGUUUGGAAGAUGAUUUGGAAGGUGACAAGAAAAAAGCUUCGGAGCUCGAUGUAAAAGUUAAGGAGAUCACAAAUAAGAUUGAACAAAACAAAGAGAUUAUUGAGCAAAAUAACAAAACGUUCUUUGAUAUGAAGAAGAAGAAAGACCAAUCUCAAAAUGAACGCAAUUCUUUGUGGCGCCAAGAGAAUAUCCUUCAACAAGAACUUCAGUCUGCACGAGAAGACCUUAACAAGAAAGAGCAAGCUCUGAGGUCAAUAACUGGCAAGGCAAUCCUGAAUGGUAUGGACGCUGUCCAGAAAGUUCUAGACGCUUUCAAAACUCAAGGCAAAUACAGUGACCUGAUUAAUGGCUACUAUGGUGUGCUCAUUGAGAACUUUGACUGCGACAAGACAUUUUUUACUUGUGUGGAAGUUACUGCCGGUAACAGAUUGUUUCACCACAUAGUGGACACAGAUAGAACGGGGACUCGAAUUCUACAGGAAAUGAACAGGUUAAAGUUACCUGGAGAGGUAACAUUUAUGCCAUUGAACAGAUUGGAUGGCCGAGACACAGAGUACCCUGAGAGUAAUGAUGCCAUCCCAAUGAUCAGUAAAAUGAUGUUUGAGAAGAAGUUUGACCGUGCUAUUAAGCACGUCUUUGGGAAGGUUAUGAUAUGCCGAAGUAUAGAAGUUGCCACUCAGAUUGCAAGGACUCAGAACCUUGAUUGUAUCACUUUGGAUGGUGACCAAGUGAGUAGGCGGGGAGCUCUAACCGGAGGGUUCUACGACACCCGUAGAUCCCGUCUCGAUCUGCAAAAGAGCAAGUGUGAGUUACUAAACAAGGUAGAAACACAGAAUGAAGAAUAUAAAGAACAUAAGAAGAAACUUGAACAGAUUGAAAGUCAAAUUAACAGCCUUGUCAGUGAAAUGCAGAAGAAUGAGACCAAAAACAGCAAAAACAAAGAUACAUUUGAUAAGAUGCGUGCAGAUGUACGGCUUAUGAAAGAAGAAUUGCAAGCGAUUGAAAAAUCUCGAGGACCAAAAGAAAAAAGUAUUGCCAGUUUGCACACGAACCUGGAGGCCAUGAAGGGGUCAGCUCAGUCACUAAAUGAAGAACUUGGCUCUGAUCUGCUUUCCCAACUUAGUGUUGAGGACCAAAGAGAAGUAGACUAUCUCAAUGAUCAGAUCAAGACCUUGACCACUCAGAAUAAAGAGGCCUUCCAAGAGAGAAUCAGGUUGGAAGGAGAGAAAAAUCGGCAAGACCAUCUGCUAAACAAUAAUUUAAAGAAGAAGCGAGAACGUCUUCUGCAUGAGAUGCAAGAACAGUCAAAUAAUGAUCGGCGGGAGAAACUGGAGUCUUUGAACUCAGAUCAGCAUGGAGUUGACUCUCGUGUUACAUCCAACCGAAAGAGUGGAAAAGAGCUUGAUGACCAAUUGGAGAAGAUGAACAAAGAACAAAAAGAAUUGCAGAACAAACUGGAAUACUGGAAGGGCCAGGAACGAGAACAACAAGAAAAAAUCAAUGAAGAUGCAAAAGAGUUGGAAAAGAUGACCAACAAACAGAGUUUAUUGCUGAAAAAGAAAGACGAGUGUAUGAGGAAAAUCCGGGAGUUGGGCUCCCUCCCCAGUGAUGCCUUCGAUAAAUAUCAAGAUCUUAGUUUAAAACAGUUGUUUAAAAAGUUGGAACAAUGUAACCAGGAACUAAAGAAAUACAGUCAUGUCAAUAAAAAAGCCUUGGACCAGUUUAUCAACUUCUCUGACCAAAAAGAGAAACUAAUGAAGAGGAAAGAUGAACUAGAUAGUGCACACAAGUCAAUCCUUGAUUUGAUGAAUGCUUUGGAUCACCGCAAGUAUGAGGCCAUCCAACUUACUUUCAAACAGGUAUCCAAAUAUUUUACAGAAAUCUUCAAGAAACUGGUGCCUCAAGGGCAUGCUGUGUUGGUGAUGAGAAAAGGCGACCAAGAACACCAUGAAAAUGAAGACAGCCAACAGUCUGGUGCUGAUGUACCUCUGGUGGAACAAUUUACAGGUGUUGGUAUCAAGGUGUCUUUUACGGGCAACAAAGCUGAAAUGCGUGAUAUGCAGCAGUUAUCAGGGGGCCAGAAAUCGUUGGUGGCCCUCACACUGAUUUUUGCCAUCCAAAAGUGUGACCCUGCCCCCUUUUAUCUUUUUGAUGAAAUUGACCAAGCUUUAGAUGCCCAGCAUCGUAAAGCUGUCGCAGAUAUGAUCCAUGAAUUAUCAUCAAAUGCCCAGUUCAUCACCACCACAUUCCGACCUGAAUUGCUUGAACACUCAGACAAGUUCUACGGAGUUAAGUUCCGAAAUAAGGUUAGCCAUGUUGACUGUGUCACACGUGAAGAGGCACACAACUUUGUUGAGGACGAUGCAACACGUGGCUGAAGAACAACUUCUAUUUUUCUGACAGUGUGAGAGGAGAGGCAAGGGUGUGUCAAAGGGACAAAUGGACAAUACCACCACCACCACUACAACUACAACCAUCACCAUCACCACAUUUGCUAACUUUCAUGUCACACCUCAGUGCAUCUCAUCAUUUACCAUUUCAUAUUUAACAUUUUAAUAUUUUUUGUUCAAACUUGUAAACAAAACUUUUUUCACAUUGACCUGUAAAGCCAAAACAUGUUAGUGUGUAUGUGUGUGAGCCUGAGCCUGUGUGUAUGAGUCUAUGUAUGUGUAUGUAUAUAUAUAUAUAUAUAUAUAUA